AUGGACACCGAAGAUAUCCGAAAGCACUACGACCUUGUCACGCAAUCCGAGAAAGUCUCUUGGGUCCUGGAGACGCGACUACCUACAAGCCUCGAUGAUGUGUCCACAGAAGGGCUUGAUUGCCUCAUCGUUGUGCUCCGCCGCAUCUUCAGUGCAGUCAUGAUCUCCGAGGACUGCCUCGCUAACCUGUCCGGGUUCAAGCAGUCUGAGACUGAGAACCCCAUUCUCGCCUUUUCUUGGCUGAUGCUUGGGGAGCCCGAAGGAAACGAAGCCAGAGCCCAGGCUCUUAAGGCCAAACGUGCUCUCAUUGAAGCCGUUCCAGACGCCUUGGGCAGCUUUGAAAAUCUCUGGAGGUCGGCUAUGAUGAACCGAACCCUGUGGCAGAAGAAGCUGUUCCACCUAUUCGGGCCAAAAUACCAUAUGCCUCCCGGUGAGCCCAUCAAGUGCAACGAGUGGAAUCGCGAUGAGAUUGCCGGUGCGAGCAUCGUCCAGUUGAACCGUGUUGUGGAUCCCCAACGUACGCUGCAGGAAGCUAUCGACAACUGUUUCGGUUUCGACGAUGAGAACACUCUCUUCAUCCCUUACCGGCCCCGAAUCAUCCGGGUUGUUUAUACCCCUGGCACGGAUGAACGCCUACCCUUCCAGGCCCUACGCGAGUUCUUUCUCCCGCAAGGAGACGUGAAGGAUGUGGACGGUAAUCUUAGGUACGUUCAAGAUUCACCUCCCGAGAGAUACGCUUUGAUCGCCGUUGUUCGCAUGCGGUCAGAGAGCAGGGAGUCCGACUACGUCCGGACUUACGCAGUAUGUGGUGCGAACACCGCGGCCAGGAAUGAGCACGAAUCGUACACGCCAGGGAGCUGGCUCAUCGAGGAGCCCUCCUCUCAUAACUUCGUCCUGUUCUUCUGCUUGGCAGAAGAUGAAGUCCUCAUUCCUGAGUACCCAGAACUGGCGAAAGCUGGGUUUAUGGUGCCAUCGGAACUGGAAUCAUUGAUAGAGGAGGACCUGGCUCGAUCCCUCCAGGGCCUGGACUUGACUGCUAUGGCAGCGAAGUUUGCGCCCCCUCAAUGCAGAAGAACCGAACCGCCGCCACCCGGUACCCCCCGACCAGCCUCUCGAGGCCCCGAGCCGUCCUUGUCCACCCUUCCGGAGGCCCGCCGCCCCAUCCCCAAGACCCGACCGACCGAUCCCUUGUCGCCCUUACCAAGCCUACCAAAGCCCCGCCGCCCCGUCCCCAAGACCCAACCGACCGAUCCCUCGUCGAAAGGCAAGCAGGCGGUCGCUGCCGCAGCUUCAGCUGGCGGGAAUCAGAAGGGCGCCAAUCCUAAGCGAGGACAACGGGGCAAGGGAAAGAACGCUGCACCUGGGCGCUUUGACCGGCCGAACCACCAAAACCGUGGUGGUGGCCAGGGGAAGAACGGUGCUGGGCGCGGGAGAAAUUCCAGGCGUUACUCGCCUCCUCCUUCAUCGCAGGGCCAAAGGGCAAGGGAUGAGGCGCUGAGCGUCGCGGCAGGAGUCCCGAACGUCGCAGGGGGAGCCCUCGAUAUCGCAGCAGAAGUCCUCAAUAUCGCAGGAGUUCUCGAUAUCGCAGCAGGAGUCCUCGACGUCGAGAGAGGAGUCCUCGAUAUCGCAGUCGGAGCCCUCAUCGUCGUCGGGACAGAAGCCCUCCGCGCCGAAUUUCUCGACGUCGAAGCAGGAGCCCUCGACGCGAUCGUUCAAGAGGCAGCGCACAGUAGUUGA